AUGGCACCGCAGUUCACUCUCUACUCGCACAAGGGCCCCGGCCCCAACCCGCUCAAGCCGGCCAUCCUCAUGGAGAAGCUCGGCCUCGAGUACGAGGUGAUCCCGCUCGUGUUCGGCGACGACGCCGAGACGGGCGUCAAGGGCGCAAAGUUCCUCAAGGUCAACCCGAACGGCCGCGUGCCCGCUCUCGUCGACCACUCCAACAGCGACUUUACCGUGUGGGAGUCGGGAGCGAUUCUGCUGUACCUGGUCGACAAGUAUGACAAGUCCGGCCAGUUCCACGGCAAGACGCCCGAGGAGCGCGCCAUCACCAACCAGUGGCUCACGCACCAGCUGUCGGGCCUCGGCCCCGUGCAGGGCAACGUCAACUACGCGCAUCACUACUGGGAGGGCACGUACAAUGAGAAGCCGCAGAAGAGCGUCUUCACUCGCUUCGAGGGUGAGACGCACCGUCUGUACGAGCUGCUCGACUCGCAGCUCGCGCAGCAGGCGCAGCGCGGCUCGCAGUGGAUUGCGCUUGACCGGCCCACGAUUGCCGACUUCACCUUCUACCCGUGGGUGGCCAUUGCCGGCUUCGGCAAGAUCGACACGGCGCCCUACAAGCACGUCACCAAGUGGCUGCAGACGCUGCAGGCCGACAAGGACGUCAAGACGGCCGACUCGAAGCUGCCCAAGUGA